GCUCCGGGUGCCAUUGCCUGCCUGAGUCACGUGCUGGGGGGAAGCGGGAAGGCGUCGUUCUUCUCUCCCGGCCCCCCCAUCCGCCAUGUUUUCAGGCCGGGUCAGCCUUGGUCUUUCCUCGUAAGGAAAUGGCCGAGGAGCUUCAGGGAACCCAGGCGCCGUUGCCUCGGCGGAGCCCGGGCUGACAAAGCAGGGCAGCGGGGUAAACCCGAGAGGUUCUGCGCGGGGUGGGACGGCCAUGGCGUCCGGCAGUAACUGGCUGUCCGGGGUGAAUGUCGUGCUGGUGAUGGCCUACGGGAGCCUGGUGUUUGUACUGCUAUUUAUUUUUGUGAAGAGGCAAAUCAUGCGCUUUGCAAUGAAAUCCCGAAGGGGACCUCAUGUCCCUGUGGGACACAAUGCCCCCAAGGACUUAAAAGAAGAGAUUGAUAUCCGACUAUCCAGGGUUCAGGAUAUCAAGUAUGAACCUCAGCUCCUUGCAGAUGAUGAUGCAAGACUGCUACAGCUGGAAACCCAGGGAAAUCAGAAUUGCUACAACUAUCUAUACAGGAUGAAAGCACUGGAUGCCAUCCGUGCCUCUGAGAUCCCAUUUCAUGCUGAUGGCCGGCAUCCCUGUUCCUUAAUGGGCAAGAAUUUCCGCUCCUACUUACUAGAUCUUCGAAACAGUAGUACUCCUUUCAAGGGUGUGCGCAAGGCCCUCAUUGAUACCCUGCUGGAUGGCUAUGAGACAGCCCGCUAUGGGACAGGGGUCUUUGGCCAGAGUGAGUACCUGCGCUAUCAGGAGGCCCUGAGUGAGCUGGCCACAGUGGUCAAAGCACGAAGUGGGAGCUCUCAGCGCCAACACCAGUCAGCAGCCAAAGACCUAACCCAGUCUCCUGAAGUCUCCCCAACAACCAUCCAGAGUUUUCAAAGGGCCCUGGGACUUAAGAAGAUGGUUGACAGGUGGCGAAAUUCACACACUCAUUGUCUGUGGCAGAUGACAUUGAGCCAGAGAAGAAACCCGUAUGCCACCCUAAGGAUGCAGGACACCAUGGUACAGGAGUUGGCACUGGCCAGUAAGCAACUACUGAUGGUCCGUCAAGCUGCCCUGCACCAGCUGUUUGAAAAGGAGCAUCAGCAGUACCAGCAAGAACUAAAUCAGAUGGGCAAAGCUUUUUACGUGGAGAGACUCUGAUGGCAUCCAAAACAUUGUCCUUCCAUUCUCACCAUGCCUGCUAACCUAGCCUUCUUGAGCCCCUGCCACCUUGAACAGCCUUCCCAAAACACACCUGGAUCUAGUUAUCUGCCCAGGACUUAACACAGUGCUCCCACUCUCACCUUUUGCUCUCAUGUCAACCCCUGGUGCUAUUUGGGAAACAAUCUCUGAGACAAUGGUAACAAGAGUGACGCCUUGUGGUCAGAAUGAGGUAUGCAGUGUUGAUGUAAGUAGGGGUAUGGGUGGUUGAGAGAUGAACAAUGUGAGGGUAGAGAAUCUUGAUUUGGUUUAACAAAUAAAGCUAGCUCUUAAAGGUU